AUGGUGCUACUCACCCUCCUCCUCAGUUGGCUUUUCGUAACACUGGCCUCGGCGUGCAUGUUCCCUUUCAACAACCCUCGCCUCACCAAUAGUUCGCUAGUCGAAGAGUAUAUCGCCGACUUGCAAACCAAGGGAGGCAAUGGCUGGACCAGUCCCAUUGGCCCGAGCAAUCCAGUCGUCACCGCUUGGCCCAAGAAUAGCGCAUCAGGCAAGGUGACGUACAUCUACUACUGCUUCGACUCCCAUGCGUCGUACUCGGCACUCAAGGACGUAGUUGACAGCGCGAACAAAUUGUGGCGCGACAAGUUAGGACCUGGUUCGACAAAUGGUCAUCAUUUCGACGGCUUCCGCCACUAUUACUCCAAGAAUACCAACUCUCAUCCCCGUUGUUACAAAGGCUUUCCACAUCCGUGGGCAUGGAAUUCUGAGGUCCCCGAGGGUACACUCGUGAUAUCAUGGAACAGCCUGGGAUAUAGUCAGUCCACCGUCGGCUAUGACGAUGAAAGUAUCGAUUGGGAUCGACAUUCCUUGACACUUCAUACUUGGAUACCUAGGUAUGAGGAUUGGGUCCUCGAAGUUGCUCACGAGUUAGGUCAUGUCCUCGGCUUGAGACAUGAGCAUCAACGAUUUGACCGGGAUCGUGAUCUCUACUUCGACUGCUCCAAGCUGCAGGGUCAUACCGAAGCAAGAGAUACAAUUGCGGCGCAUCCCGAAUGGGGAUUUACCAUCAACCAGGCUUGCGAAUCAAGAUACCUAGGUACCAGUAAGAAGGAGCUCAACUUCUGGCAAGCGGCUGAAUAUGCACUACACACGGUAGAUGAAAGCCAUAAAUAUGGAAGACUAAUUGACCACAACUCCAUAAUGAUGUACUCUUCUUGGGCGAACGCCGCAGAUCUUAUGCACGGGCUCGCCAACCUACCUCUCGUGCGCUGGAAGAACGGACCACCCAGUAACGGGCAUGCGCCAGAUCAUUCCAACGCAGAGACCGUCCAAUGGCCUACAGGGAUCUCUGAUGGAGACAAGGAGGCUAUUCAGAAGCUUUACCCGUGGAAAGAUUGA